UUGUGAGCCAUUCCUCUAUAGACUCACAACAACUCACUCUCACUAUUACUCUCUGUGUAUAGUAUUGUAUAUUAUUUGUGUAUUAAAUUGUAUUUAAAAUCAUAUAAAUAGUCAUUAAUUGAAUUUAAUAGUUAUUGUAAUAUAUAUAUAAUGUUAAUAUAGUGACCAAAUUGUAUGAUAAUAACAAUUAAAGAGUUAGUCUAAUAGUGUUUGCCAUUUGAUUAUUGUAUUGAUUUGGUGUUUGUAUUCAAUGUUUGCUAUUUUACAUCGCUUUUAAUGUUUAAUAAAUGAGUCGUCAAAUGAUUUACUGAUAUAUUGUUUAUUGUUAUUAAAGUCGAUGUCAUUGUAAACAAAAUGAUGACCAAAAUGGUGACUAUCUAUUGAUUUGAUUGUUAGCUAUGAAUGAAGUUGUUUGGCAUCAGGAAAGACAUCCAUCGCUUGCACCUAACCAGAGCCACACCAGUCAUCACCCGCCAUCCCAUCCCAAUCAUCAUAAUUCGCAUCAUUCUAACCAUAAUCCUAUCCAUCCCUCACUCCAAUCCCUAUCAACAGUCAAUCACAGCCACGGUUAUCACCAACACAGCCAUAACAGCCCGCAGAUAGGGUUAAGUCAUCCGUCACAGCAAUCACUAAACGGCACCGUUAUGUUGGCGAAUCAAACGCCCCAAUCAGUGGUUAUCGCGGCCAAUGAUAUGCAAAACUCAGUACACAAUCAAAAACACAAUCAAAACUCAAUCCGAUCUCAAGAUGACGCUAUGGUCAGGUACUUCUUUCAAAGACCACAAACUGAUCCAGACUUUCAAAACUAUAACAAACAUCAGCGUUGGGCGUUAGGAGACGACUCGGUUCUCGAGGUCAGACAAGGAGAUGGGGAACUGGUCUCUGAAUUUCAAGCUCUUGAUCUCGAGACUGAUGGUUACGCCUCAACUAAAAAGAUAUGGGGAAUGGAAGAGCAAAUGAAACACCCGGACGACCCAAAGGGUCUGUUUUUAGGUGAACCUCAGUGGGGACGAGACUCGACGUGGAGUACCGGCGGUCCCAAUGAGAAUGUAUCGGAUCACGCAGUUUCUCAACCAAUUAUGGUUAACUCACGUCGCAGUGGGUCCUAUCCCGGCAGUGACGGUACAUCGAUGCUGAGUCCUCGAUCAAAUGAUACCGGAGGUCUAGGAGUUAAAAUGGUUGAAUACGUAUUGGGUAGUUCACCGACGGCUAAGGACUUAGACGGUCGCAUGCAUUCAAGGCUUAUGAGUGACAAACAAAAGAAACAACAAAUGAAAAAUGCUUACGAAGAGUCAAAAAUGCAUCACAAGGACAAUACCGGCGCUAUGAAUGUCAUGCAAAGCAAUGGCAUUGUUAUGCAAAACGGAUUGGACGACGAAAGCAAAAUGUUUAGCCGUACACCUGGUUGUCAUCAAUUAGAAGACGACAACGAUUUGUCCAAAAAUCAUAUGUUAGUCAAUGACAUGUCGAAAAUGAAACCAAAUGACGGUUUAAUGCACGCGGGAAUGCCAUCUCAUAUAAUGAGUAACAAUGGACCGCAUUUUACCGAUUUUGACCACGGAGGAAUAGAUCAACUACAAUUUGAAUAUCCUUCACAAAUUAUCGAUUCGCCGGGAAUUCUUGAUUACAACCCUAUGUAUCGUCCAAAUCAACCAACCGGUCAAAUGCCGACCGCCUUAAUAGCUCCACAUCAACAACAGUUUAAUUUAGCUCAACAACAAAGUCAAAGUAUGCCUUCGCAUACAAAUCCUGGAAUGUCGGGACCCAAUGGGAACGGCAAUAAUCCUUAUCCGCCACAAAAUCCAUACUAUGGUACCGACCCUUUUUCGGCAUCAAUGGGACAUAUUAUUCCUGCUGGUCCUCCUCCAGCGAUGUUAGCCCAAUAUUAUGGUAUGCCGUGGGGUAUGUAUCCGGGAAUGAUACAGUCGGGUCAGGUUCAAAGCGGACAGGCAUCUCAUCUGCAACAACAACAGCAGCAGCAACAACAACAACAAAUAAUAGCUCGAAGCAAUGGUGCCCGACCUUUAACACCACAAGGAGCUGGUGAUGGUGCCAAUCAAGUCAUACAAGCGGGUCAAUAUCAAAUGGUUCCUCACGGGUAUUAUGACCAAAAUGGGUCGUUAAUGAUGGGAAAUUCAGGCGCACGAGGUAUGAAUCCGGCAGCUAUGAGAAUAAUGCCUCCAAUGAUUGUGAAUCAAUCGGGAAAUAAUAAUAUAAGAAUGAUGCCAAAUGCAGGACAGACACCACAACAACAUUCAGGUCCACCAAACGCUAUGUUUUCUUCUAAUGGAACUAAUGGUGCGAACAACGGUCUGUACUCAUCAACAACAAACUCUCAAAUGCCAUAUCCCGCUUCUGUAUCUAAUUCAGGCGUUCCCAACUAUUCCAACAAUACUAAUGGCAAUCAAAUGGGCUUUAAUCCUAAUAUGAGUCGCAAUCAAGUUCAGGGAUAUGGUAAUAAUGGUAUGGGUCCAAUCGGAGCAUCGAUAGCUUCGGGAAUGGGCUUAGGAAGUAGUUCACCAAGAAGAGAGUCAUUUGAUGGUAGACGUGAUGGUUUGGGUGCAAUGUUCCCCAAUAGUCUUGACAGCCAAAUUUCACGCCAUUUAGGAUCAACCCAUAAAAAUGGUCAGUUCUAUGGUCUCGGACCCGGCAUUGGAUCACCCGGUCCAUUGGGAAUGUUACCAUCUGCUCAAAGUCUUACUCCUCCGCCAUCAUUGGACGGCUCAAACAGUAGCUUAAAUUUGAAUGCAUUGGGUAGUCGUGGUGGGAUUAUGUCGGCAGCACCCGGUGCUGAAAACAAGUAUUUGGUUCGUAACGGAGCCAUAGCUCCAAAUAUGUUUCCUUCAAACAACUCAUUCAAUAACCGAAUGUUAGCCCGAAACUCGUCAUUAGAGAAGUCCAGCGGAAGGAGUCGUCUAUUAGAGGAUUUCCGGAAUAAUCGUUUCCCUAACUUACAGUUGCGUGACUUAGCCGAUCAUAUCGUUGAGUUUUCUCAAGACCAACACGGGUCACGAUUCAUACAGCAAAAGCUCGAGAGGGCCACACCUACUGAAAAACAAAUGGUUUUUAAUGAGAUUCUUGGAUCCGCUUAUAAUCUAAUGACUGAUGUAUUUGGCAAUUAUGUCAUUCAAAAAUUCUUUGAGUUUGGAACACCUGAUCAAAAACAACAAUUAGCUCAAAAAGUUAGGGGACAUGUGCUUCAAUUGGCACUUCAAAUGUAUGGCUGUCGGGUAAUCCAAAAGGCAUUGGAGUCUAUACCUCAAGAUCAACAAAAAGAUGUAGUAAAAGAAUUAGAUGGACACAUCCUUAAGUGUGUUAAAGACCAAAAUGGCAAUCAUGUCGUUCAGAAAUGUAUAGAAUGUGUUGAACCAGUUGCUCUUCAAUUUAUUAUUAAUGCCUUUCAAGGACAGGUGUUUGCACUGUCAACUCAUCCGUAUGGAUGUCGUGUAAUUCAGCGUAUUUUAGAGCACUGUAACGGUGAACAAACAUCUUCAAUAUUAGAGGAAUUGCAUCAAAACACUGAACAGUUAGUUCAGGACCAAUACGGCAAUUAUGUCGUACAACACGUGUUAGAACACGGAAGACCUGAAGACAAGAACAAAAUCAUUCAUAUGGUUAGAGGAAAAGUCUUAAAUCUGUCUCAACAUAAGUUUGCGAGCAAUGUUGUUGAACGCUGUGUUACCCACGCGAGUCGUGCCGAACGUGCGUUACUUAUUGAAGAAGUUUGUACUUAUAAUGACAGUGCCUUAUAUACAAUGAUGAAAGACCAAUACGCCAAUUAUGUGGUCCAGAAGAUGAUAGAAGUGGCAGAAACGCCUCAACGCAAACUAUUGUUGCAGAGGAUCCGUCCACAUAUGCCGGCGCUCCGCAAAUACACGUAUGGAAAGCAUAUAUUAGCCAAAUUGGAGAAGUUUAUGGUUAAAAGUAAUAACGAUGUUUCACACGAUAAUAACAUUAACAACCAAAACAAUUGGGGAUGACUUGAAUUUAUUGAUUAUUGAUUUGCAUGUUAUGUCAUGUCAUUUAUAUAUAUAUAUUAGACGGGCUUUUAUUUGAUGAUUUGUUUCGAUUGAGUUAUAUUUAGUUAUAUAUAUCCAGCAAUUGUAAAAUUGCUUUAUAAAUAUAUACAUAUAAUACUUGUUUAUAAUACAUUAUUACCCUAAAUGG